AUGGUCCAGCGUGGGUCCCAGGCUAUGGACAAGGCCAAGUUGGAUGAGGUCAGUGAGUGUAGGGAACAGGGCUACCAGCUCACCCAGAAGAUAGGCUCAGGCUCAUUCUCCCGAGUUUAUCUGGGAAUCCCAACCCAGGAGAAGAUCUGCUGCAAUUUCCGGUUGGCUGUUGGUCUCCAGAAUAAGAAAGAAAAGGCGGUUGCCAUUAAAGUCAUCCCGAUCUCUCAGACACUGCAGCAGCAGUCUCGACGUUGCCUGUCCCGGGAAAUCAACGCUCUGCAGAGCACCUACAAGCACCCGAAUGUGAUCCAGCUGUACGAGGCCUUCCGCUCUCCCAGCCGUCUCUACCUGGUGCUGGAGUUGGCGGUGAAGGGCGACCUGCUGGAGCACAUUAAUCGGCUGUCGGACCGGAAGGUGACCCUACAGGAACAGGAGGCUGUCCGUCUCUUCACCGAGCUGGUGGGAGCAGUCUCACACUGUCAUAGCAAGAAUAUUGUGCACAGAGAUUUGAAAUGUGAAAAUAUUUUACUCGAUGAAAGAGGAUCCCUGAAGUUGACAGAUUUUGGCUUGGCUACCAGAUACAGGAAGAAUGGUUUGAUGAGCACCUUCUGUGGCUCCAUGCCAUACAUGGCCCCAGAGAUCCUCCAAGGGCAGAAGUACAAGGGCGAACACGCGGACAUCUGGAGCAUGGGUGUCAUCCUUUAUGCCAUGGUGACUGGAAAACUUCCAUUUACUGAAGUUCAACCAAGUAAACUGCUGGAGGAGAUUAAAUAUGGCAUCCUGUACCAUGAGCGAUUGUCAACAGACUGCCAGGAUCUGAUCAGUAAGAUGCUACAGUGGAAACCAUCAGCCCGUCCCACACUCAGUGAGGUCCUCACCCAUCCAUGGAUGCUGCCUACUGCAUCUAUCCUCUUCCAGAAGGUCAGAAUCUUCAUGGCAGGUUCCUCAGACAAGAAGCAACGUAAAGAAACGACAGGCAAAGGAGGAAGCCACCCUGUGAAGAGAAACUCAAAGGGGAAGAAAGUUCUCAUCAUCUGCGACUCAAGUGUGAGCAAGGUGAAGCUCAAAAUGGAGGCGACCAAGAGGCAAGCCAAUCUGAGUCGCAGCUCACCUCAGGAACAGCCAGGCAAGGGCCCCGUCCCCCCGACCAGCGAUGCUGACAGAAUGGUCAAACUCUUCAGCCACGUGCCAAGACCGCCAGCUGCUGCCAAACCCAUGUGCAGCUUUAAGAGGCCUGUCUCCACGUCAAUGCAGAACUCGGAGCUGGCAAGGAAACUGCGAGGCCUGCAGGAUGGGGGUCCCUGCAUGUGUCUCUCCAGGUCCAGACAGCGCCUCACCCCAAUGGCAGAGUCCCUGCCACGACAGCUGAAAGGAUUCUAG